CAUUGGAUCCCUCAACGUACUGCGAGAGCCCGGUGUACAGCCCGGACCUGUGCCCCAACAUGAUCGCCGCGCAGGCCAAGCUGGUCUACCAGCUCAACAAAUACUACACGGAGCGGUGCCAGGCCCGCAAGGCGGCCAUCGCCAAGACCAUACGGGAGGUGUGCAAGGUCGUGUCGGACGUGUUGAAGGAGGUGGAAGUGCAGGAGCCGCGCUUCAUCAGCUCUCUGAGCGAGAUUGACGCCCGCUACGAGGGGCUAGAGGUGAUCUCGCCCACCGAGUUCGAGGUGGUGCUCUACCUCAACCAGAUGGGCGUCUUCAACUUCGUGGACGACGGCUCCCUGCCGGGCUGCGCCGUGCUGAAGCUGAGCGACGGUCGCAAGCGCAGCAUGUCCCUCUGGGUGGAGUUCAUCACCGCCUCGGGCUACCUGUCCGCCCGCAAGAUCCGCUCCCGCUUCCAGACACUGGUGGCCCAGGCCGUGGACAAGUGCAGCUACCGGGACGUGGUGAAAAUGAUCGCGGACACCAGCGAGGUGAAGCUCCGCAUCCGGGAGCGAUACGUGGUGCAAAUCACGCCCGCCUUCAAGUGCACCGGGAUCUGGCCGCGAAGCGCGGCGCAGUGGCCCAUGCCGCACAUCCCCUGGCCCGGCCCCAACCGGGUGGCGGAGGUGAAGGCAGAGGGCUUCAACCUGCUCUCCAAGGAGUGCUACUCGCUGACGGGCAAGCAGAGCUCGGCCGAGAGCGAUGCAUGGGUGCUGCAGUUCGGCGAGGCCGAGAACCGGCUGCUGAUGGGCGGCUGCCGGAACAAGUGCCUCUCGGUGCUGAAGACGCUGCGCGACCGGCAUCUGGAGCUCCCCGGGCAGCCCCUCAACAACUACCACAUGAAGACGCUGCUGCUGUACGAGUGCGAGAAGCACCCGCGGGAGACCGACUGGGACGAGGCGUGCCUGGGCGACCGGCUCAAUGGCAUCCUCCUGCAGCUCAUCUCCUGCCUGCAGUGCCGGCGCUGCCCCCACUACUUCCUGCCCAACCUAGACCUCUUUCAGGGCAAACCCCACUCGGCCCUGGAAAGCGCUGCCAAACAGACCUGGAGGCUAGCCAGAGAAAUCCUCACCAAUCCCAAAAGCCUCGACAAGCUAUAGGGUUCAAAUCCCCGCCGGCAAAACUCGCCCUCCGCAAACAACGACGGCGCCUAAAAACUUUCUAUUUAACUCAAACGACGACGGGAAAAGGCGACGAACGAAGAGCGCCCACCUGCAGCUCGGCCUUUAAGAACUCGCAGACGGGUUU